GCAGAACAGACAAGUCCCACACAGCAGCUUGGCCCAGACCUAGCAGACACCAUGAGGACCAUCUUUCUGCUCACUCUGCUGACCCUGGCUGCGCUCUGUCUCUCUGACCUCACAGAUGCCAAGCCCAGCGGCCCUGAGUCUGACAAAGCCUUCAUGUCCAAGCAGGAGGGCAAUAAGGUAGUGAACAGACUCCGGCGCUACCUUGGAGCCUCAGUCCCCAGCCCAGAUCCCCUGGAGCCCACCCGGGAGCAGUGUGAGCUUAACCCUGCUUGUGACGAGCUAUCAGACCAGUAUGGCUUGAAGACCGCCUACAAACGCAUCUAUGGUAUCACUAUUUAGGACCUGUGCUGCCCUAAAGCCAAACUCUGGCAGCUCGGCUUUGGCUGCUCUCCGGGACUUGAUCCUCCCUGUCCUCUCUCUCUGCCCUGCAAGUAUGGAUGUCACAGCAGCUCCAAAAUAAAGUUCAGAUGAGGAAGUGC